AUGACGCCACAUACACGAUCGGGCGGCGCAGCCCCUCCAUCGAGCAUCGCCUACAAAUCGACACCAUCACUCAAACAAGUUCAGUUUCCUGCUCGAAGACGGAGAAUUCGCACAUAUGGCAGACAAAAUCGCAGGAGUAGCGGCCGUGGGGACCAAGACGACGACGACAAGGAAAUCCAACUAGGCAGCAGCGCGCACCCGACGUCCAAUCUAAAACAAAAGACGCUUACGCAGUACGACUUUGCCUCCAGUUUCAAGGAAGAAGAAGACGUGGUGGAGAUAUCGGAUGCGAGCGAUGUUGGGGAUUUGGACAAGGUUGAAGAGACGGAUGAGGCGGAAGCGGAAAAGGAGAAUAAUGUACCGAAAGGCACCAAGCGGAGGAGAUCACCUGGGGUGCAGCCUGCGCCGCUACAACCUCUAGAAUAUCUAGAGCGAGAAGAAGAGGAAGGGGAAGAGGAAGGGGAAGAGGAGGGUAAAGAGAAGCAGGAGAAGGAGGUGGAGGAGGAGGAGGAGGAGGAGGAGCGAGUGCUGGACACUGAAGCAGAAGACGAAGAGGACGAGGAACCUAUUGCGAGGGCACAUCGUGGACCGGAAUUUAUAGACACGUCAAAGACGAAGCGCAGGCGAACUCUGGGAGAAGAGCACCGCAGGAGCACCAUGAAGGAGAGCAAGUCAUCGCGACGAAGGACGUUGGGCGAUUCGCCACUCGCCGGACCAUCCAGGUCUCGCUACCAUACGCAGACCCUAACCCAGUUCAUCGGUCGCACGACAUCUUUUAUCGCCGACUCGGAUGACGAGGAGCUAAACGGCGUCGUCGAAGAUGACGACGACGGCGGCUUCCUCGAGUGGCUUGGUACAGAGGAGCCGCAGAGCCCAACCAUGGGCACGCAAGCGAGCAAAAGAAGCACAGAUGCCGAGUCUAUCUCUGCAGCGACUCAAGUAUGGGAAGAUCACAGCCCGUCGCCACAACGUCGCACCAGGAGGAGGCAAGGGACACAAAUCAGUCAGCAGCAGCAGCCUCGCGAAGAGUCCAUCGUGCCGCAGACGCCAAUCAAGAGCAUCCGCUUCGACCUGCCGCCCUCGGCGCAGCACAUCUCGCCGUCUCCGACACGAAUCGCCGCCAUCUAUGGCGCGCCCAACUCGUUUCUGUCACCGUCGUUGGGGUCCCAACGACGCAAGCAAAAGAGUCCAAUGAAGCCGAUACUCGAGCUCACAGGGAUGCCGACGAAGCGCGUCAGCCCGGCCAAGAAGCCGGAGCUGGUGAUUGAGGACUCGUACGCCACGGAGGGCUGGAGCUCGGUCGGGGGCACGCAGGCGCGGCAUAGCAUGCCGUCGCAGACGCAGACGGACGUCUUCAGCACACCAGCAGAGGAAUCUGCACCACAGGCUGCCGCUGCCGCACCAGCAUCAAUACAAGUCGACACCUCUGCAGAGAGCGAAGAGGAAGCUGACCCAGCACCACUGCAGACUCAAAGCCAAGCCGGGCAGGUAGAGGAGCGGUUUUACGGCGCAGUCUCCCAGAUUGUCCCGGCGGCGAGCCAGCAGCCUUUGCCAACGACACCUGAAGCAGCCAGGCAAUCGCCACCACCGAAAGAAGAUGUAGCCGCGGCUGUCAUCACCGAGGAGCGGGAAAUCCCCGACUCGGACGACGACUCGGACGACUUUGGCGCGGAGAGCGACGCCACUGAGGACGAGGCGGAAGAGUCGCGGUUCGCAGCGGGUGCCGAGACGCAGCUCCUCAUGGACCAGCUACAGUCGAGCGUGCGCAAAUGGAGCGGCAUUCCACGUGCCGCCAACGCACCAUCGUCCUCGUCAGCGGCGGCAUCGCCCCGACGACCUCGCACCUCGAGUCCCCCGCCCUCAUCUGGAACCGUCGUCACACCAGAGUCCGCUCCGCCAUCGGCCCUGAAGCCCUCGGUCACGGCGAAGCUGCCGCCGAAGCGGAAGCCGCCGCAGCCUACGCUUUCCCACGACAUCCCGGAGACGGCUCACGGCACGCCGCUUCGACGACCGCUCCACCACCCGGAGCCCGUAGACACGCAGGGCGUCCCCUUUGAGUCGCAGCGCGUCCCCUUUGAGUCGCAGCGCGUCGCCCUCGCCACGCUGCAGGGCUUCACGCCCGCCUCGGCCCGCACCGACAUCCUCCUGCCGCUAUCGCACGGCACGCUCGCCAAUCUGCUCUCGGGCCACCAAGACGCCGUCGUCCUGCCAUUCAAGAUCCCCGCGCAGGUCGUCCGCUUCUGGAUACUGCACGACGGCGUCCUCCGCUACCUCGCCUGCGUCGCCGCCACCGACGGCAGCAGCGGCGGCGACUUUGAUCCCCACCGCGACAAUGGCUGCGGCGGCCGCGGCGUCUGGUCCUACCGCGUCGCUCAGGUCUACGAGCUCAACAACCCCGCCCAGGAGGACGACAUGCGCGCCGAGGACUGGAUCCACGGGCCCGUUCGCCGCUACGUCUACUUUCCGCCGGCCGUCGUCAGCCAGCUCCUUUGGAACCUGCGCCAGGCCCUCUUUGCAGACCCCGCCGACGCCGUUACCUCCACCACGCCAAGGACCGCCGCCGCCUUAGCGUCCUCGUCGCCGCUCCGCCGCUCCUCGAGGCUCUCCACCCCGGCGCGCAGCCGUCAGCAGCAGCAGCGGCAGCAGGCGAGCUCCCCGCUGCGGUACGCCCGCCCGCCGCCCUCGACAAUGCCCGCGCCGCCGCCGCCGGCCCGGCCCGCGCGCGCCUGCAAGCAGCACCACACGCAGCCUGCCCACGUGCGCCCGUCGCAGGCCACUACCGCGUCGCAGGCGUCCACCGUCGACAUGCCCGCGUCACCGUGCGUGGCAGCGGUAGCUCCUGAUGCAGCCGGUGUUAUCCCCCGCCGCGCCGCCGACGGGUCCUCAGAGAGCCUCGUGUUCGACGACCACGGCGGCUCCUCCAUUAUGAUGCCGUAUAGCGGGGUCUCGGGACUCGACGUGAGCCUCGCCGCCUCGCAGCUUCUGACUGGCAGCCAGAUCCUACCCGAGAGCCUCGUGAGGGAUGAGGAGGAGCAAGAGCGCGGGGUGCCUGAGGAGAUUUUCGACUCGGAAGAGGAGAGGGAUGAGUAA